CGUGCAAUAUAUGCACUUAAUAAUGACUGACCUGAUUUCGUAGGGAUUGUUAUUUCGAAAUUCAGGUCCAGGAAAUCCAGAAAGAGCUAUGAAGACGCUUCCAAUAGAAAAGUGUUUUUUCAUUUGCAAAGAAGUUGUCUUCAUCGCAGUUCUUUUAAUCGAAUUUUGUUUUCUGCUUUGUACAAUGGGAAAUCCGAUAGAGUCUUACGAUUUCAAAGUGUAUCCAGUUGAUGCCUGUCCGGCGAAUAUGUCAGCUUUCGAAUCAGCCGCAACAAGAAUGAACUGUUCAAACAGAACAAGAUAUUUAUGCACCCCUGACAGGAAGUUGACUUCUUUGAUAGAAUUUUGUACAGAUAGGCCAAGAAAACCCUAUGGACCAGGAUUUUGUGUCAGACUCGAAGGCAGUGGCGAUUUGAACCAUGAUUAUAAUUGUACGGAAAGAUUUAGUGAGGGUUGCCCAAGUACGCAUUAUUUCGACAAUGAAAUUUAUAAAUUUCCAGAAUGCCUAAAAAUUGACAAGAAACGUAGCUGUUUCACCGCUGAUAGAAACUGUUCACGAAUUCCAAGAUACACGAACUCUUCAAGCAGAGACGAUACACGUAUACACGUAAUAGUACCCGUUUGUGUUGUAAUCGUUUUGAUAAUCAUUGUACUUGUGGUUCUCCUACUGUUACUAAGGCAUUUUAAAAAAACCAAGAAAGAAAAAGAAAAUCCAAAUAUUCGCAUUGACGAACUAAAGCACUUUCUAAGUAAGAAGAAUGUUCAGGUUUACCAUGCAAGAUUUAUUAUCGUUGGUUGUGCUCAAGCCGGUAAAACUACUCUGCUAAAACGACUCCAAGACAAACCAUUUAGAGAAGUUAAAAGUGUAGAACAAACGCAUGGGGUUGAUGUCCAUGUAAACAGCUUUGAAAUGUUAGGAGACACAAUCAGAGGCAUAAACACAAAAGAAGAAUUCGAAAUGCCAAACAUAAUAUUUUCGGAAGAAGAUGUAUUAAGAGGAAAAGAUGACAAAGAUGAUUCGUUAGAUGAUAAAAAUGAAAUCCAGAAUCACAUAUCAGCGGAACAUGUUGAACUCCAUCCCCUUCUAUUGGAACAGUCUGCAAAUAGUGAUAAUUAUUCCAUACCCAAAGAAGGAGAUGAAGUUAAAGGAAAUGUUUCGAUUUCAAGAAAAUCAAGUAUCUCAGUGGAAUGGGAAACAGAAACUACUGUUAAAGAAUAUAUUCCCAAAGGUGACGUUGGCGUGAAAGAAGAAACAAAAGAUCUUGAAAAUGAUGCAAUGAUGAAAAUUCUGAAUGCUGUAAUACAGAUCGGAAAAGAAAAAAGAAAUCCUCGAAUAACAUUUCUAGAUUUUGCCGGACAGAAUGCCUAUUAUGCUUUUCAUCAAGUUUAUCUAAGCCCCAAAACGUUUUUUAUCCUAGUUAUAGACAUGACAAAGAAGUUCACUGAUAAAAAUGAAAAUGAUGCAAGUGGUGGUAGCAGAUUCACAUCUUGGACUUACAAAGAUUACUACAAGUUUUGGCUGAAGUCCAUAGACAGUUUCAGUGAUGUAGACACCCCCGUUAUUGUUGUAGCCAGUCAUGCAGAAAAUAAAUCCAAACAAGAGUGUCAGCAAUUUUUUGAAGAGUUUUUUGAACUAUUUGAUAAAAGAGAUGAACUUCGAAGACAUUUACAUGCGGAUAGAAGAUUUGCUAUAAAAUUUCCUGAAAAUGAAUCAAAACUGGAAGAUGUUAAUGAAAUAAAAAAUUGCAUUGCUAGCCUUGUCAAAAAAUCAAAAUACUGGAAAUUAAACAUGCGAUCUGCAUGGGCAAUCUUUGAGAAUAUUGUUGAACAAGAAAAGAAACAAAGAAAGAUACUUUCAAGGGAUAGACUUUCAAUGUAUAUAAGAUCAUUACAGCCCGAGUUUAGGAUGAGUGAGGACGAAAUUACAGAAAUGCUAUUGUUUUUACACAGAGUUGGUGCUUUAUUGUACAUAGACGAAGAAAAUGUACGAAAUACAAUUAUUCUUGAUGUACAAUGGUUUGUAAACGCAUUCAAGUAUAUAAUCACAGAUUCGGUCAGUAUGCAUGAACCAACGGACAAAGAUCGAAAGCGAUUUUGUGACACUGGGGAGUUGAGUGAUAAGGAACUAGAACAAAUUUGGAAAAAACACUACAAAAGUAGUCAAGAUUUCUCGGAUCACAAAAAAGAAAUUUUAUCUUUCAUGGAACAACUGUGUUUGCUCGCAGUAUGUAGCGCAGAAGGUUCAAGUGAGUCAGGAGAGGGAACAUGGUACUAUUUCCCCUGCAUGAACAAAAGAAAUUUUAAACCAGAUUCGCUGAAAAACCACAGCAGAUCCUCCAUUUUGUGUUUUCAAUUUGACGAGCAAGGACAAUUGCCAAUUUUUCUUUUCUAUGGACUUGUUCUAAAAUGCCUCAAACUGCCAGGAUGGACAUUUUUGACAGAGAAAAAGAGUCAAAGGUGUAUUUAUGAAGAUGCUGCAUGUUAUCUUUUGAACAAACACAUUGUUGUUCUCUGUAUAUGCAAAUUUCAGAUUCAAGUGCAAGUCUGUGUACCAAAAGGAUCCUUCGAUCCUUCCGCCACCGUACUCAAAGAAGUACAAGAGUCAAUUGAAAAGAAGAUAGAAGAGUUCAAAAAGUAUUCAUACAAAGUUGGCUACAAAUGCCAAAAUGGUUCACUGUUCAACGAAAAAGAUAAUUCCUUUAUUGAACAAGAAUCAUUUCCUUUGGAACGAUUUGUUUGCGACAAAUGCAGUGUUGAUGAAAAACAUUACGUGGAUAAUAAUAUCUGCUGGGUUAAAAAAAGGGAGAGUGCAAAAUUAGAAUAUAUUUGUAAGACUCCAAAGUGCGAUGGUGACGCCAAUGUGCGAUGGACUCGCCAAACCCCGAUGGUUUGCGCCAAACCUCAAUGGCUCGAAGACUUUACGGACGCCAAAGUCCGAUAG